UAUAGACCAAUCAUGUGGGGUGGAAGAGAUCUUAUUGCUUUAUAAUUUUCUGGACUCUGAACUCUAUAAAGUACUCCGUAUAAACUAACCCCUCUCUCUCAAUCACUUCACCAUACCGUCGCCAUGUUGCCCGCCUGGCUGAGCCCCGUCUCCCUGUACGGCAGAUUCCUCCGGCGAAGCCUCUCCGCCGCCGGCCUCGCCCCUCAAUCGGUGGACCUCGACGAGGAAACCACCCUCCACUUCUGGGGCCCGAUCCCCGACAAUUCAUCGUCGUCUCCUCCCAAGCCGGCGCUGCUCCUCAUCCACGGCUUCGGCCCUCACGGCGUCUGGCAAUGGCGCCCCCAAAUCUCCUUCUUCGCCUCCGAUUUCCGCGUCUUCGUCCCCAGCCUGGUCUUCUUCGGCCGAUCCGUUACCAAAUCCUCCGAUCGUUCCGAAGUUUUCCAGGCGAAAUGUGUGGGGAAAUUGAUGGAGAAAUUAGGAGUGGAAAAGUAUUCGGUGGUGGGGACGAGCUACGGCGGGUUCGUGGCGUACCACAUGGCGAGGAUGUGGCCGGAGAGGGUGGAGAAGGUGGUGAUCGCAAGCUCCGCCGUGAACUUGAAGAAGCAGGACAAUGAGGGGCUGCUGAAGAGGGCAAACGUGGACCGGAUUGAGGAGGUGCUGCUGCCGUCCACGGCGGAGCAGCUGAGGAAGUUAAUGUCUCUGUCCACCUUCCGCCGGCCUCCUAAUUACUUGCCCGAUUUCCUCUUCAAUGAUUUCAUACGGAAAUUGUACGUUGGAAACAGGAGGGAGAAGCAGGAACUGCUACACGGAUUGACCCUUGGGAAGGACAACUGCCCCAAAGUUGUCCCUCUGCAACAGGAAGUGUUGCUUAUAUGGGGAGAACACGACCAUUUGUUCCUAGUAGAGAAGGCCACACAACUUAAGGGCAUUUUAGGGAAGAAGGCGAGGUUGGAGAUUAUUAAAAACACUUCACAUAUUCCCCAGCUGGAGGAUGCCUCCCGAUUCAAUAACGCCGUCAAGAAUUUCCUAUGCCCUCCUUAAUUGAAUAUAUAUAUAUACACACGAAAAUAUGACCACCACAUACAUAGUGCAUGUACAAAUAUGCCCCCAUUGAUUGUGUGGAUUUCCCCCAAAAUGUGCUUUAGUAGCCACCAUAUUCUGUAUAUU